CCAAGUUUUCUAAUACUCCCUACAUUGAAAAAAAUUGGAGUUGUGGUGAAUCGAACCCCGUGUCUCUAGCAAGCCAAAGGCGCUCUCUACGAUAUGAGCUGCAGGCCACAACGCUGCGAAUGUAUCCUGCGGAGGAAAAUAAAUCUAUUAAGACGGCAUCGUGUCACGAAGGAAAGCACAGCACUUUGGCAGUUGGCGCUAAGGUUUUCGCUUUACUGUGUAAAAAUGUCCCGUGGCUCGCAUUCCAGCACAGUUCAAAUUCAGCAUUAAAGUCUCACAUACUUUCCCCAUUGGAUUGAUUCUGCUGCCCACUACAACACGAUCCUUAUUUACUCCCUUCCUGCAUCUUCCAGCACCGAAGAGAAUGAGGCUCACAUGCUUUCUUUUAUUAUUCUUCACUUACCACCAUAAUAAAAGAUAAUAUCCUAUACGUUCAUUCAUAGACAUGGCCCCUUGAGUCUCUUUAUCUCCACGGAUUUUCUGGUCUUCUCUCAAUCUUGGGUGACGAAAGGCCGGCGGUUUUCUUUUUUUUUUUUCUCUCUUCUUUUUUGGUCAAAUAUCUCAUGGGUUAAGUUGCUUUGCUUACAAGGGUUUUACAACAAUUACUCUUUUUUUGGAGCAAUUCUUUUUGCAUUUGGGGUUCGAGUUGCCCGUGUUUGUUUCUCAUUAUGAAGGCUUCUGGGCUCUGGGUUUCGUACUUAGUGGUUGGGACAGCUUUAAUGUUCCUUAACUUCUCUUUCGCUACAACAACCUUGUCAAUAUCUGAUGUGGUCUUCACCGACAGAAGCAGUAGAAUGAUAAUGACGGAAACAAACAGGAAGCUUAAGGAGAACAGCUAUAAUCGCAAAAUUGACAAGAACAAUGAUGCUCGCAACUUGACUCUAGAUGAUUACCAUCCUAUUGAUCCAGCUCCAAGUUCAAAGGCUUCCAUAAAACCUGGACCCAUCGAGCACGGCACUCCCCUGAAUCCAUAUAUUCCCAAGCAUCCUCCACCAAGUCCUGCUCCUCCCAAGAAGGUCGGCUACCUUAACUAGCUUGCCAUUCCAUUUCUCCAAAUGGAUGUAUGCUAAUAACACGAAGAAUUUUAGUUACUUAGUGUGGAUGUAGUGUUUUUAUUACCUGUUUAUUGUAUGAUCUGCAUUAGCCAGCUUAAGUUAUCCCUGAAAGGAUAUUAGCUUAUGUUUCUUUAAGGGAAUAUGACUAUUUCUAAGUAUGAAAUAAUUGUUUUCAGA